AAGAAAAUGAGUGGCUGAGUGAGGGGUGAUGGUGGGCAGAACCCUGAGUGAGGCUGCAGUUUCCGAGAAGGCCAAGUGUGAACAGCCUGUGCAGGAGGCUGUUCUGAAAGCUGUGUGUGCCGGCAGCCAAGGGGGUAGAGGAGGGCUGGUUUUGAUUUGGGGGGAGGUAGCAGGAGGAUGUUGGGUUUGUUUUGGUUUUUUCUUUUUUGAAUGCACGCAGGGAAAUGGGCAAACCAAAUUAGUCCAGCCUGGACAUGCUUUUUUUUUUUUAUCUGGUUUAGCUUAAAUUUAAGCUAUCAUUUUUGUCCUUAAAUUAAGAAUGAUGUCAUCAUGGACCAUGAACCUGUUCCUUGUUACUUUCAGUCAGUUUUGACAGUUUGAUAUUGAGUAACUUUCUGUGCUUCUCCCUUCAAAAACCAUUUGUUUGAAUUUUGAAUAAUUAAUUGUGUGGAAAUGUUUUGACAUUUUUCAGCACCUUUCAGAUUUUAAAACUUUUUAAAAAUGUGUUGAUUUGAAAAUGUGACUGAGAGGUAGGAGAGACAGAGCUCUUGCAUCUGUUAGUUCAGCCUCCAGAUAACCACAACAGCUAGGGAAGGCCAAGGGCACCGGGCCACAACAGCUAGGGCUGGCCAGGGGCACCGGGAGCCAGGAACUCUGUUCUGAUCUCCCACAAGGAAGCUGGAUUGAAUACGAAGUGGUCAGGAUUUGAACCAGCAUCCCAGGUUAAGGUGAACCUGCCGUGCUACGAAGCCCACUCCUCAGGAAUAAUGUUUUUCAUCCCAAAGCUGCCUGUGACUGAGGUUUUGUUGACUUCGCUGGUAGUGUUUUCAGCAGUGUUACUGUCAAUAAUGACUAAUUUAUCCAAUGAGUUCAGUACCAGUUUAGUAAGGAUGUGACUUACUGUAUUGUAUGUAGUGUUUGUAAAAAAUAGAUUUGCUUAGGAUUUGGGUGCUUGUGUUUUAUUUUACUAUCAAGGGCUAACUGUGUAAGAGUCCUGGUUGGGUUAAUAAGCAGGGUUAUGAUUUGACAUUAUCUCAGGAUGGAUUUUUACUUUUCACAAACCUAAGUAAGUGUGAGUUCAUCUUGGCUUUCUUUUCACAGAUUAGUAAGCAACUAUUUUCAUUUCUGUAUUUUGCAAUUGUUUUAAAGAUGUUUUCAUUUAUUUGAAAGGGAAAAUUAGAGAGACAAGGUAACUUCCAUCUACUGAUAAACUUGCCAAAUGGUUGCAGGUUCUGGGCUGAGACACCAGAAGCCUGGGACUCCGUCUGGGUCUUGCACGUGGACGGCAGGGCCGAGGACUUGCGGUGUGUUCUGCUGCUUUCUCAGGCGCCUGAGCAGAGAGCUAGAUUGUAAGUGGAGCACUGAGACUGGUAGGUGCUCGUGGUAAUGCCAGAGUCCCAGGCUGCGGCCCAACCUGCUGGACUACAGCACUGGCCCUUAAGCUUUUCAGUUUCUUGAAAUGAGUUGCCACAUGAAAUCUUUUACUUUUCUUUAAACAGUUAAUUUUAAAUGUUUGUGAUUAUUCACUAUUGAUAGUUUGUUGCACUGUAUGAUCUUGAACUCUUCAGCGGCCUUCUUUUUAGCUGGCAGGAAUUGUUUCUGGUGUCCAUAAGAUUUUCCCUGGAAAUAUAACAGCAUUCUCCAUGAUUUUUUUUUUGAAACUAUUCUAGUUGGUCAUCAUUUGGAACUUUUUUUUUUUUAAGAUUGAUUGAUUUUUAUUGGAAAGGCAGAUUUACAGAGGAGAUGCAGAGAGAAAGAUCUUCCAUUGGGUAGUUCUUUCCCCAAGUAGCCUUGACGGCUGCCACUGAGCUGAUCUGAAGCCAGGAGCCAGGAGUUUCUUCUGGGUUUCCCAUUCAGGUGCAGGAUCCCCAAAGCUUUGGGCCAUCCUCUGCUGCUUUCCUAGGGAGCUGAAUGGAAAGUGGAGCAGCUGGGGCACGAAUUGGUGCUGGGCCCAUUUGGGACUAUUAACCUGACAAGUUGGGAGGUCUUAAAUUCUCGGAAUUUGAGCUUAAAGGAAUUGAAUAGUAUGCCAUUCUCAAAACUCUUUUUUAAUUAGCACAGAUAUCUAAACACUUAAAUGAUCAUUUUAUGAGACUUUUGUUAUAAAAUAGCAGAUUUUUUUGGGUGGGGGAGUAUUUAAUGAUCGGGUCAAUUUGAGCAACUCCAUGGCUUUUACCUUCAAAUAGUUAUCUUAUGUACUGUUUUACUUGUAUUAAAAAGCUGAUAGUCUUAGAAGCAUAAUUCUAGGCGAUAGUGCAGGUUUAUUCCUUUAGGUCUGUGGAUGCUCUUAGAAUUUCAUGUUCCCUGGCAGUAUUUUUAUCCAUGUGUUUUCCCUUAAUAGAGAAAGAAAUGUCAUAGAUUUAAGCUUAUACUUAAUUUUCUUGACCCCUUUGAGAACAGUGACAGCAGAAGACUUCUCAGUCAGUUGAUCUUUGACUAGACAUUUGACUAACUCCUCCUCCUUUGUCACUGCUGUGGCUUCCUACGUGCUGAGGUCGGAGGGUGUGGGCUCAGGUUCCUCGGGUGCACUCUGUCCCUCUUGCUUCAGUCCCCGUGGCAGGUGCAGCAGCUGCUGUGGCUUACGCAUUUGUCUUAGUCGCUGCUUUAUGUAGACUAUUUUGAUAGCGGUGUUAUCUUUCAGAUUAACAACUAAGUCAUCUGUUGCUUACCUAUAAGUUUUAUAGUUUUUCCCCCUUUGGAUAUAUAUUACAUUUAGACAUUUUAGUGUAGUUUUGUUCCUGUUAAUCUUCACACCAGGUCUUUUCUGUGCUUUAGGUUGACUCUCCAAGGAUUUAGGAAAAAUCCUUGUGGUUAACAGCAGAGGUUUCAGAGUGUAACCUGUACUCGGGCCUAGAAAUUAUUUUAAAUGGCGACUGAUACGUCUCAAGGUGAACUCGUCCAUCCUAAGGCACUCCCACUUAUAGUAGGAGCUCAGCUGAUCCACGCGGACAAGUUAGGUGAGAAGGUGGAAGAUAGCACCAUGCCAAUUCGUCGAGCUGUGAAUUCUACACGAGAAACUCCUCCCAAAAGCAAGCUUGCUGAAGGGGAGGAAGAAAAGCCAGAACCAGAUAUAAGUUCAGAGGAAUCUAUCUCUACUGUAGAAGAACAAGAAAAUGAAACUCCACCUGCUACAUCUAGUGAGACAGAGCAGCCAAAGGGAGAGCCUGAGAAGGAAGACAAGGACAAGGAAGAGAACAAGUCUGCUGAGGAAACCAAAAAGGAUGAGAAAGAUCAGUCUAAGGAAAAGGAGAAGAAAGUGAAAAAAACAAUACCUUCCUGGGCUACCCUUUCUGCCAGCCAGCUAGCCAGGGCCCAGAAACAAACACCGAUGGCUUCCUCCCCACGGCCCAAGAUGGAUGCAAUCCUAACCGAGGCCAUUAAGGCAUGCUUCCAAAAGAGUGGUGCAUCCGUGGUUGCUAUUCGAAAAUAUAUCAUCCACAAAUAUCCUUCUUUGGAAUUGGAGAGAAGGGGCUAUCUUCUUAAACAAGCAUUGAAAAGAGAAUUAAAUAGAGGAGUCAUCAAACAGGUAAAAGGAAAAGGUGCUUCUGGCAGUUUUGUUGUGGUCCAGAAAUCAAGAAAACCACCUCAAAAAUCCAGAAACAGAAAGAAGAGCAGCGUAGCAGUAGAUCCAGAACCACAAGUCAAAUUGGAAGAUGUGCUCCCACUGGCCUUCACGCGUCUUUGUGAACCUAAAGAAGCUUCUUACAGUCUCAUCAGGAAAUAUGUUUCCCAGUAUUACCCUAAACUUAGGGUGGACAUCAGGCCUCAGCUGUUGAAGAAUGCUCUGCAGAGAGCAGUGGAAAGAGGCCAGUUGGAACAGAUAACUGGCAAAGGCGCUUCAGGGACAUUCCAGCUGAAGAAAUCAGGGGAGAAGCCCCUGCUGGGUGGAAGCCUGAUGGAAUAUGCAAUCUUGUCUGCCAUUGCUGCCAUGAACGAGCCCAAGACCUGCUCUACCACAGCUUUGAAGAAAUAUGUCCUGGAGAACCACCCGGGGACCAAUUCUAACUACCAAAUGCAUUUGCUGAAGAAAACGCUACAGAAAUGCGAAAAGAACGGGUGGAUGGAGCAGAUCUCUGGAAAAGGAUUCAGUGGCACCUUCCAGCUCUGUUUUCCCUAUUACCCCAGCCCGGGGGUUCUGUUUCCGAAGAAAGAGCAGGAGGAUUCUGAAGACGAGGAUGAAGAUGACGAUGAGUCAUCAGAGCAUGACUCUGAGGAUGAAGAGCCACCACCUAAGAGGUGUGGGUUGCAGAAGAAAACCCCAGCCAAGUCCCCAGGGAAGGCUGCAGCCGUGAAACAAAGAGGGUCCAAGCCUGCACCUAAAGUUCCAGCUGCCGCACGGGGGCGAGUGAGGCCUCUGCCCAAGAAAGCCCCUCCAAAGGCCAAGACGCCAGCCAAGAAAGCCAGGCCCGCCGCCCCAGUCUCUAAGAAACCCGCUGGCGGCUCUUCAAAGAAGCCUGCUGCCAGAGCAAGAAAGGAAGUGAAACUGCCUGCUAAAGGCAAAUCUACCGUGAAGAAAUCUUUCAGAGCAAAAAAGUAAAUUUUAUAGGAAAUAAGGGUAUCAUGAUGGAAUUCAAAAUCUUAUUUUCUAAGGUCAGUGUGCAUUUGUUUUAGUUUUGGUGUUUUUAAAACUACAUUUGCCCCCCUCCUCUCCGAGCAUUAUGAGAAGGGGACUAUACAUAAACACACGUAGGCAUUGGCUAGCUUGAGAUGCUGUUCUCAGUGCCUGCUCUUUGAGUCAUUUUAAUUUCUGCAAUAAUCCUGGACUUUAUUCAACCAUGUAACCUAUACUUGCCCUUUGUUGCUCCUCUUCCCCAGACUUUUUUUUAUGGGCAGCUUGGCGCUUCCCCCACCCCACCUUCAAGUUUUAUGUAAACAGUUGCAAAAGUUUUUAUAUUUGUAGAAAGCAUCAAGAACAGAUGCCAGCCGGGUGCUAGAAGUAGAAAGAGUGUAGCACUGACGGGACUGUUGGACCUCCUGCUGAGGAGGCUGCGUUAGCCGCAAGAUCUUAUUUAUACAAACCACUCCACUCAUCCUUCCCUCCGGCUGUAAAUACAGAGACGUGUCAGCUUUGCAAGUAAGCCAGAAGCGAAGUGAUCUCCCUCAGUUCGAGGACGGGCGGCUCCGGGGGCCACUCUUGACACUGAUUUUCUAGGUGUUUUUCACGGAGCCUGGUGCUGCAGUCCCUGAACAGCGCACAGUGUCUCUGUACCAUUUGAGUUUUGACUGAAGGGGAAGUGUAAGGAUGUAUUGAGUCUGUGAUUUCUAGUGUCACUUGGUUACCAAAAAUCAAAACAUAGAAAUCUUGAUCAAAUGUUUAAAUAUAUAUUUUAAUAUUUGGAGCAUGAAUUGUCAUUUCCUGUUUGCCUUUUUUAUAAGGAAACGUUGGAGAGUUCCCUCAAUGCUCAUAUAGAAAUGUUAAAUGGAAAAACAAACAAUUUGCUAAAAUAAACUAGAUUGGAGUUUCAUCUCUGGGCUUUUUCCCCUGUUUUCUUUCCACGGCACUUUUGAUAUUAAGCAAGUGGCUUCUUUUUUGAGAUUUUAAAAACAGAUAAGUAAAUGAAGCCCUACUACCUACCCCUUUAUUACUUGUAUUUGUUUCAAUAUUGUGAGAUUGUGUUAAGUAGUACUAGCUUUCUACUGGAGAAAUUCCAGUUUCUGGUUAUCAUUUAUCCUCCCUGUGGCACUUAACAUUUUUAUUGUCUUAAACUUUUGCUGUACGUUUUCUGGCCCCUUGAGUGCUACCAGAGACAAAAGGUGUUUGUUUCAUUUUCAUUCCACUUUCAUUGUCUCCUGGGAUCCCUUCUGAAGCCUAAACUGUGGGAAAUGGACUGAAGAAGAUUGGCUUAAAUUCCAUCGUAAUCAUGUGUGAUCCCAUCAUGAAUUAUUGGAAUUGUGUUGCAUGUAAGGCAAUCUUUCCUGUUGUAAAUCUUCCUUUUUUUAAAUGUACAUAUAUUUUGAAAAAUAUGAAUAAACAUGACAUUUUAAAAGCU